CACGAGAGCAGACACAACUCGUUUCCGUGUCUGGUGCUGAGCGUUCGGUCCGGCGCAGCCAGCUCGGACGUCAGUUUCGUUUUUGAUAUGGACUCUUUUUAGGUGUUGCCUAGUUCUAUAAAUAGAGGGGUCCAGGCCACGGUUUAGGUGGAGAAAACGUGAGGGAACUCAGAGUUUUAACCUAGAGCUAUUCUUGGAGAGUUCUUGGAUGCACGUUUGCAUCUUCUGUAAUCGAUCGACAUCGUUGCAAUAAAGUGAUCUUUGGCGGUGUCAUCUCUGGGCUUCUCUAAUCUCGGUGAAAUUUUCGUGUUAGAUUUCUCUAAUACUUUGCUGCAGGGUUUUUUUUCACGAGAUCGAGGGAAGUUUGUGGUGCGAUUAAUCUAUCUUUCUUGCUAAUUCUCGAAAUUAGAUCUAGAUUGAUUUUCGCAGUCUUCUGUCAGCUGUUACUGUCCUGAUCAUAACUUUUGAUUGGUAACUCCGAUUAAGCUGAUUCUUGUUGCGUUGAUUAGAUAAUUUCCGUAGCUUUAAUUGGAGUAUUCAUACGCAAUUUUUGGUUCAGCAGAUCUUGAUAUACAACUGUUUUACCAUCACGAACAGAUUAGAGUUUCAGGGUUUGAAAUUUGGGAAAAGUUGUAAUUUGCUUCCGCGCAAUCAUUCACCCCCCCUCUGAUUGCCUAUCUCGAUCCCUCAAUUGGUACCAGAGCAAGGUUUUUCUAAUUUAUCUUAACCGGUUGAUUAGAAUUGCUAGACAUGGAUAGGUAUUCUACCAAACCCUGUAUUUUCGAUGGUGUUGAUUUUCAGUUCUGGAAGGCGAAGAUGAAGGCAUACAUCAUGGCGCAAAGUUACGCCAUCUGGGAGAAAGUCGCCAAGCCCUACGUGCUUCCCGCAGACGAUGCAAUCACGCCAGCAAACUUGGUUCAUGUGGAGAACAACUACAAGGCGAGGAACUUCAUCAUCCAAGGUCUACAACGGAGUGACUUCGACCGUGUCUCUCACCUUGCAUCCGCUCAUGAGGUAUGGAACGCACUUUGUAGCUAUCAUGAAGGAUCAAACUCAGUUAAGGAAGUGCGUCAGGACAUGUAUAAAAAGGAGUACAUGAGGUUUGAGAUGAAAACAGGUGAAUCUUUGGAUGAAUUUUUUGCUCGCUUUAAUAAGAUUCUCAGCAAUCUACGUGCAUUAGGUGUUACCUAUACUGAUGCUGAGACUUCUAGGCAGCUUUUGAGUGCUUUAGAUAUGUCCAUCUGGGAGAUGAAAGUUACAUCUAUUAGAGAGUCUACUGUCAUGAGCACACUUACACUUGAUAUCUUAUAUUCAAAACUGAAAACUCAUGAAUUAGACAUUCUUGCUAGGAGAACUGGUUCUAAAUCAAUUGCUCUUGUUACUAACCCUAGCAACUCUAAUGAUGGUAUUUAUUCGCAUUGCUAUGCACUGUCUUCUUUGUCUCAACUAACCGAUGAACAGCUAGAGCAAUGUCCAGAAGAAGAGUUGGCACUCCUCACUUCUCGUUUUUCACGUGCCCUACAAAAUGUUCGCUCGAGGAAGAGAGGUGGGAACAACAUUCCAAGGUGUUUUGAAUGUGGUGAUCCCAACCACUUUCGCCAAAGCUGCCCCAAGUUUUUAUCCAAGAUGGCGAAAGAAGGGGAUAGGGAUAAUUCUGUCAAGGAGGACAAGAAGAAUAAGCGCACUUUCAACAUUAAGAAUAAGAAGAGGGGUGACUUUGCUCGAGCGGUGGCUCACAGUAUUUUCUCGGUCAUCAAUGAAUAUGGUGAACCAUGCUUGAGUGAUGUGGACAUCGAAUCCGAUGAAGAUGAUGCAACCAAAGCCAAGCGCGACAUUAGUGGGAUGUGUCUUAUGGCUGGUAGCAAAAGUGCUACCUCCUGCGACGACUACGACAGCGACAACAACAAUGAGGCACUUCGCGCGAGGAAGGAGAACAUAUGGCUAGUGGACUCCGGUUGUUCUCGUCACAUGACCGGUGAUAAAAAAUGGUUCUCCUCCCUCACACGUGCAUCUCGGGCUGAGAGUGUAACUUUUGGAGAUGCUUCUACUUCUACUGUUGUAGCGAAAGGUACAAUAAAGAAAAAUGCUUGCAAAGUUUUAGAUGCUUCAGGUGAUCUUGUCUUUGAGAUAUCACGCUUUGGGAGAGUUUUUAAGGCUGAUUUUCAUGCUUCUUCAAAUGUUAAGUUUAGGAACAUAUGUCAGGGGGAGGAAAUCUUUGUAGAUGAUGAAGAUGACGAGGAGGAUGGCGUGCCCCCUGCUGUCCAUGCGCAAACUCCAGCUGUUCCUACACCUACAACUACUACUGCUACAGCUGGACAUCCUCAAGAGACUACUUCAACUACAAAUGUUGGGGAUGAGCAUGCUGCUGAGUCAAAUAUUUCAGCACCCCGACAUAUUCAGAAAAGCCACCCUCCUGAGCAGAUUAUUGGAAGCAUGGAUGAGAGAGUCACACGGUCAAGGUUUAUCGAUUCUGACUAUCAUACUCAUUCAGCAUUUGUUGCUUCUUUUGAGCCCAAAGAUAUAUCUCAUGCAUUAACUGAUGAAUCAUGGAUCAAUGCCAUGCAUGAGGAAUUAGAAAAUUUUGAGCGUAACAAAGUUUGGACUCUUGUUUCACCUCCUUCUGGUCAUACUCUUAUUGGAACUCGUUGGGUUUUCAAAAACAAACAAAGUGAGGAUGGUGUUAUUGUUCGCAACAAGGCUGGGUUGGUUGCUCAGGGUUUUACUCAAGUUGAAGGUCUUGAUUUUGAUGAAACUUUUGCUCCUGUUGCUAGAUUGGAAGCUAUAAGAAUUUUAUUGACUUUUGCUGCAUCUAAAGGUUUUAAGCUUUAUCAAAUGGAUGUUAAAAGUGCUUUUUUUAAUGGCUUUAUUGAUGAGGAGGUUUAUGUUAAGCAACCACCUGGUUUCGAGAAUCCAAAGUUUCCCAACCAUGUUUAUAAACUUUCAAAAGCUUUGUAUGGUUUAAAACAAGCCCCACGUUCAUGGUGUUGCCAAAGCUGGAGGAACGUGGUCGAUGACAGGAUCGAGGGACGAAGCUUGGGAGAAGCUGAGGUCUGGGGAUCAUGGUCAUGCGGGGCGUUCGUGCGAAGGAACAAUGGAAGUGAAGGCUACGAUGAUCCGGGAGGGCACCGUAUUCUUACUGCUAUUAAAUUGUUUUUCUAUGCACGUGAUUCUCAUGUCUGA